AUAAGUGCCUCAAGGGAGGUAAAACCUCCAGGCUGCGGCACUUCUCCGAAGGGCAGCGGCUCCUCCAGCCCCUCUGCGCGGUCCGCGCCGUGCCGUUCAGGUGCUGUCAGGCUCCCGAGAGGGAUGGGAGGCUCCGCUCCCCAUCUGACGCUGUGCCGGCCCAGCGUGCGGGGUGGGGGCGCGGGGAGCAUCGCACGGUGCCGGCUGGGAACACGGAGCGCUGAGAGCAGGGCGCGGGGAGAGCUGCGGGUGUCAGGUGAAGCGCAGGGAAAGUUGUUUCCAACACCGCGUUUGCUCAAGUAAUAGGAAAUCAUCGGAGCUUUUUAAUAAUUAAGAGGCACAGCAUCACCUAGUGGCUAGAGCCGAAGGAGGGGUGUGCACCCAUAGUCUGUGAUUCGGGAAUAGGAAUUGCAGAUGAAAGGGGGGAGGCUGGUUCUUGGCAUCUCCUUGUCUUCCACUUCCACUUCCCUAUGGCAGGGGUUAAACAAGGUGCUCAGGGCACUUUCUUCAUGGCUGCAGUGAACAAAAGAAUACUCGAGCACCGUCAGCACGCAUCGUGUGACACCUCCUGGUCUGAGCAAUGCCAAUCCGUACACAAACACUUCUGCCUCCUAAAGAAAGCCCAGACCCAGGCUGGAUGGUCACCUGCCCGGUCAGGGCUGAGCAGGGCAGCAGCCCUCUGCUGUGCUUGAGGAGCAGUGUAGUGGCAGCCUGGCUGUGACUGCCUGCUCACGGUCAGUGCCAAGUUCUGCUGUCCCGAGGCUGCAGGACCAGGACUGCUGUGUCCUUCUGGGUGCUUUUCCCAAAUGGAAAGUUAGAAGCUUUGCCUUGUGACAAAGGUAAAAAAGAUGCUGCUUCAUUUUAGUUCAGGUGUUUCCAGGCACAAGUAAUGCUUUUAUUUCUGGGUAUUUGCACAGCAACAUCAAAGAGCUGGGCUUCCUAACUAAAGCUGAGACUUAUAAAAGGUAAGGUAGGUGCUUGCCUUUUGCAUGGAAGGUUCCUGAAGUCGUAAGAAGAUCCAUUUCAGUAAACUCCUUCAAAACAGAAGCUGCCAGUGAAGGAAAGUGUGCCCUGGGGUCUGGGUGCAAGUUCAGCCCUGGGUACGAUUCUCACCUCAAUGUGCAUGGGCAGCAAAGGAUGCCAGAAUUUGGGACCCAGCAUGAAGCAGAAAUUAAGUUGGAACUGUCCUUCACUUUUUAAAAGGAAGAAGAAAAAGCAAGGAGACAGUGUGAGACAUGAGAACCAACAGCACCAGCCUGGCGGGAAGGCUCCGGCGUAUGAAAAUGUCACAGAGUUUCCAGUCUACGCUACCAUGAAUAAAGCCAAGAACACUAAGCAGGAUGACAGCAUUCAUUAUGCAGACAUCCAGGUGUUCACCAAGGUGCGGGAGCGCUCUGCGGAAGAGGUGAAGAAUUUGCAAAUGCAGAAUGCCACAGAGUAUGCCACCCUCAACUUCCCCCGGCCCAGGCUGAAAUACGACAGCAAGAAUGGGACCUUGGUUUAAAAAGCUUGGUAGACCCUGCCUCCUUCAGCAGCUAAAGGAUUCCACAGACAUAGAGAUGCUGCAGGCUCAGACUAACCUCAUGAACGUGUUGUGCCUGCCUGCAGAGUAGAGCGGCCAUGUCUUCCACCUGCACGAGGACACAGAUGCAUUUACUCUCACUUGAGGAGCCUCUGGUUCUUCUGUCCAAAAACCAACCUGUUCUCCUUGGCUCUGUACAGCUUUGUGUGGGAAUGCAGCAUACAGAAUUCUGUUCUGGGGAAAAGGAGAUGUUGCCAUGGGAUUUUAUGUUGAUAUCAAGAACAGAAUGUGGUUGAUACUGGGAGGAGAUUGCAGUUCUUGCAGUAACUGCCAUACGGUCUUCCUCUGGUACCAGCUUCACACUGUAGUUACACACGUAGAGCAUCUCCUUGUCUCAGUGCACAACACACUGAGGCCAAGGCCCAGAAUGAAGAAUUAACUGAGGGGUACAGAACAAUUACUUCAAUUGAAGGGUGGUACCAACACGCAUUCUUACCUUCACAUUCACAGAAGUGAGCAAUGAGCUCUUCUUUCUAAUAAUGAAAGAAGGAAAACCUGCAGCUGAUCUGAAAGGCAGCCUAUGUUUAGGGUAGUUACCCAGUCCUAGGGCUGCAGUAGCUGUUUUCAUGCCUGAGACACUGUGAAUGGAUCCUGGGCAACCUUAAAAAGGGCUUUACACUUUUUCUCCGUUAAUUUUUUAUUUUGUGUUGUAGCCUUAGUUAUAAACCCUGCAACUUGGAGCACGUGCCACAUGGGGUCUUCUGUGAAAGCUCCCAAAGACGCUUUGGAGAAUUUGUUUAUGGGUUUAAAAUAGUGCUAGCAAUGCAGGACAGCAGUCGUCCACAAUCUUCUACCAUGGGUCUGCAUCUGACGGUGUUGGCAGCUGAGAGGGCUCCCAAGCAGUGUCUUUGGGCUCUAAGUCAGUAGUUGUCACGUUCUGUUCCUAAGUAAUGGUCUGCACAGCCAAACACGGGUCGUGGAGCGACCUCUUUAUUGCCAGUGUUGAAAAAUGGACAUCCUGGUACCUUCUAUAAAUGUGCAAAGCUUUGCAUAUUAUGGCUCAUCUAAAUGUAAAAGGAAAACCAUGAGGGAGUUCUUCCUUGUAACAGAAAAUAAAGCUGGUACGGGAACUGUGUGCUGAGACCAAA